UUCUGGUCACCUCAUGUAGGCGAAACGGAAAGGUUUAUUAAUAUGAGGUGUUUGUUUUUAUGAGCUGUUGGUAAACACAGAAGCCCACAGUGUAGUGUUAUUAAUGCCCUGUGUAGUGCUCGUGUAUGCAUUUAAACGGAUAUAAGGCGGAAGAAACAUCAACACUCAACGAGAAACCAUGAGCACUCAGUACAGCAUACUGUUCAAGCAGGAGCAUGCCCAUGAUGAUGCUAUAUGGACGGCAGCAUGGGGGAAAAGUGAGAAGGAUGGCUCAGAGACCCUCAUCACCGGCUCUCUGGAUGACAUGGUGAAAGUGUGGAAAUGGUCAGAUGAGAAGCUGGAGCUACAGUGGACACUGGAAGGUCACCAAUUGGGUGUGGUGUCUGUGGACAUUAGCCACAAUGGCGCCAUUGCCGCCUCCAGCUCUCUAGAUGCUCACAUCCGUCUCUGGGACCUGGAAUCUGGCAAACAGAUUAAAUCCAUGGAUGCAGGACCAGUCGAUGCCUGGACUGUAGCGUUCUCGCCUGACUCAAAAUACAUUGCCACAGGCAGCCAUCUUGGCAAGGUGAACAUUUUUGGUGUUGAGAGUGGGAAGAAGGAACACUCCCUGGACACCAGAGGGAAAUUCAUUCUCAGCAUCGCCUAUAGCCCAGAUGGAAAGUAUUUAGCCAGUGGUGCCAUUGAUGGAAUCAUUAAUAUCUUUGACAUUGCAACUGGCAAACUUCUGCACACGCUGGAAGGCCACGCCAUGCCCAUCCGCUCUCUCACAUUCUCUCCCGACUCUCAGCUCUUAGUCACAGCCUCGGACGACGGCUACAUCAAGAUUUAUGACGUACAGCAUGCUAACCUGGCAGGCACUCUGAGUGGCCAUGCGUCUUGGGUGCUCAACGUGGCCUUUUCACCUGAUAACACACACUUUGUCUCCAGCUCGUCGGAUAAGAGCGUGAAGGUGUGGGAGGCGAGCACCAGGGCAUGUGUGAACACUUUCUUUGACCAUCAGGACCAAGUAUGGAGCGUGAAGUACAACAGCACCGGUUCGAAGAUCGUUUCAGCCGGAGACGACCGAGCCAUCCAUAUAUACGACUGUCCAGUGUGAGGCAUGUUUCAUCAUUCUUACACCUCACAGGAAAUUCUAUUUGAACGACAUCAUGCCAGAACUUUUCUGCACUCUUUGUACAAAGAGAUUCAUACAGUCCCAAGCUUUCCUCCAACAGGUUUCAAGAAACUCGUUUUGUGGUUUGAUAUUAAAUAAAGCCUUUAACCUACUUCUGUAAUCAUCCUGUCCUGCACACAUGUGCCAGUAAUAAUAUGGUGUUUUUUUUUUUUGUUGCAUAAUUUUCUCCUGAAAUGCUCUCCACUUGUCAAAACAAUAAAAAUUGUUUUUAUAAAUA